CGGAGUGGCGUGGAGAUGCUGAAGACAAACGAGGAGAAGCGUGGCCACAGGAACGGCCUUAACUUCACAGGAGCAGCUCUUUGCCUCGCUGUGCAAACAGACAGUAAUUCGCGCCUUGCUCCUACCCUUCGCUUGGAACCCAGAGGAUCAUUCUCUAUUGCCAACAGCACCAGAGGGAAACAUUUGGAGUUCAACACAUUUGGACCAGUGGCUGGUGCUGCUGCAGUAACGGCUCUCCAGUUGGCACAGAUUGAGAUUCGGGCCCAAAUUGCUCUCCAGCAGCUUUCCUCCCUUGCAACCAUAACUGUUGGUAACCAGUGUCUCAACAACAACAACAACAACGACAACAACAGGUUUGCAGCGGCAUUACCUCGUCAACUGGCACUCCUGAGUCUUCUCAGUAGACAACAGGUGUCAGCUAUUGGGUUUAACAGGGACACAAUCUGUAAAACCUUCAAAGCAACACAACCUUGUCUUCCUGCUGCCAUGUACCACCACCACUCCCAGCAACAGGGGCCCCAGCCCUUCUCAAAUGGGCCCAGGCCUCAUCAUCAGCCACAUCCAAAUCAACAUCAGAAUCACACGCCAUCUGAUAUGCUGACACAGGCGAUGGGUUUUCAAUUUCCUCGUCCCACACAGCUCCCCGAUGAGCUAGAGUCUGCCCUGGCUAUUCGGGGUGCAAGGGACAUGGACCAUCGCCUCAUUGACCACAUGAACCCACCAAACCAACACCAGAACCAAGGCUCAGUGACUGGGAUCAAUCAACAUGGAACCUACAGCUCUUCAAUGCUCACCUCUGACAAUCAGGGAGGUCACCAGCAAGGAGUAGACUGGUCAAAUUACCAACCUCCAACUAAACUGUUUGGCAGUCCAUCGCCUAGUUCAAGCCAUCAGUCACAACGACACCAGGGGCCCCAACAGCAGCCUGAGAGCAGCCACGCUGGAACAAGCUGGACUACCACUGUAAGUGACUCACCGUCGCCACAAGGCAGACAUCCCCAUGGUGGUGCAAGUAGUGGUGGAGGGGAUGGUCCGGGUCUGUACACACCGGAGAGUGCAGGAAGCAUCUUGGCUAGUUUUGGACUUUCAAAUGAGGACUUGGAAGUGCUGAGUCAUUACCCUGAUGAUCAGCUAACACCAGAUACUUUACCAUUCAUACUGCGUGACAUCCAAAUCAACAAGACAGGCAAGCAGAAAACUGUGGCUUGCACUUCCUCAUCGUCGUUCUCAUGCAGUACCCAUGAUAUGCCACAGCUACCUUCUCACACGUCGCCAUCAGCUCAUUCACGCUCCCCAGAAGUGCCCAGCCUUCUUACUGUUACACAGACAGCAGGCAAAGUCAUUGACUAUGGUCAUUCCAGCCGAGCAAAGGAUGAGAAUAGUAGCAGAGAGACUUUCAAAAGAGAGCAGCUCUCCAAUGAAAAGACAGUUAAAAUGUACCCAUCCUCAUCUGGUCCAAAAGGAGAUAAAGCUGAAAGGAGGCACAUUCAUUUGGAACACACUGAACCAAGCAAGCAUGGAGACCGGGACUAUCGCAGGGCAAGUAGCGACCAGCAGAAGACCAAUCGAGAAAUACCACCACCCUCCAAAUCUCGUAAUCUAGACAGAGACUACAGGCAUGACGGACCAAAACCAAGGCCUUCAUCCGAAGCCAGGAGUGAAAAUUCCUCAAGACGAUCUCUCUCCUCCUCGUCUGGCUCAAAACCUCACAGCAGCAGCAGCAGCAGCAAGACGUUGCCUACCCCCACCAUGAUAAGUGAUUUCUCAGCUGUGUCUCCAAAGGUGUAUCCCCACACCUGCUCCCUGUGCCACAUACUGUGUGAUCAGGAAAAGGACUGGGUUGACCAUAUUAACACCGUCAACCACACUGCUGCCUGCAGAGACCUGCGCAACAAGUACCCUGAAUGGAAACCAAAUGUACCAAGGCGGGGUGGACGAUAUGGCCGCCAGGCUCAGUGGGAUCCCAAGGAUCGCUCUCCAUCCCGUUCGGUGACUGGAUCCCUCUCUUGCUCUCCUACCCCGAGUCCACCUCACAACAAACACAGACUGGGCCCACAUCCACACAGGCCACAUGGGAAACUCUACCCUCCUCACCCACGUUACCACCACUUUCCAGACCAUGGCCAUAGGUUGGAGCACCACCACUCUGGCUCACAGAGUCCCAUUCACUCCCAACGAACCACCAGAGAGCAUCGGCCUGGGAAGAGGGCCAGGGAUUCACCUGGGGUUUCCUCUCGAGGUGGUGUGAAGCGCCCAGAAGACAACUCAGCCAAGUGCUUCAGAGUCACCGGUCGACUUCCAGCCUCUAGGGGGGCUCACAACUCAAAACAUGGACUAUCACAGCCCAACACCAAAACUGUCAAGAGUGGGACAAAGAAUGGAACCAAGAUGCCCAAGACUGCAAGUGCAAAGGCUGCUGACACAUCCGUCAAGCCUCCACUGACCAAAAAGAAGAGAAAAAUGGUGAAUCCAGCCUCCCAGGUUUCGUCUGUUGCAGGCCGCCUGGUUUAUCUGACGGGCAUUCCAAAUGACGCCUCGGAGCAGGAAGUCACCGACUUGGUCGGGUUCUUUGGCAAGAUCAACAACGUGAUCCUCAUGCCAUGCUCUGAGAGGGGGAGCGAGAUUGGUGAAGGGCAAAAGGCAUCUGUUUGCAUGGUGAGGGCUGAAGACGCCCAGACACUGGCCAAGUCCACAGAUCUGUCCAUCAGAGACCAGCACAUCACCGCUUCAACAGCCAAGAAACCUGAAAGAGGACAGUCUUCUGAUGCCAGUAACAGCAAACCUGCACCAGGACAGAUCAAGGCUGCUGCUGCUGCUGCUGGGGAAGACUCAGGAAGCGAGGUUUACCAGAAGACUUCAGAUGAGAAAGGCACGAUGUUGAUCACAGGGCUUCCUGAGGGCAGCUGGUCAGAGAGUGACAUCAUCAAGCUGAUCCAGCCCUUUGGGACCCCAUCUGAUAUCAUCCUGGCAACACAAAUUGGAAAGGUACUUUUGUCAGUGUCUGACACGGAGAUUGCUCAAGAGAUAAUGAAAGUCCACAGCUUCGUCCCUGCAAAGAUCGAAGACUCAGAGCUGAAGAUAAUCCAAGUCAAACAGCGUAUUGGCCUCAGCACACCGGUGGCUCUCUACAAUCUCCUGAUGGGAUCACUGGACCCCAUAGAGAGUCCUGUUCCAGUCGGCUGGAGCAGCCUCUUGGUGAUCAGUAAUGUUCCCAACACACCCUCUGGCUCCUCUGAGGUCCAGAAACUGGUGCAGCGCUUUGGUACCGUCAUCAAGACUCUAGUGCUCAACAAUAUGGUCAUUUUCGAGAUGGCAACUGCAGCCAUGGCCUUGUCUGUUUACAAACGCUUCCAGACAUUUCCGUGCAUCAUCCAGAACAACCCUCUGUUCUUCUCCCGAAAGCCGGACCCAAAGUCCAGCUCACAGACAAAAGUCAUCGCUGCAUACCUGGAUUCAUCUGAGGAUUUAUCUGCAAACAGCAAGAGCAGCCAAAUGGCAGCAGCUCCCGAUGAAGCGCAGACUGCACAGAAAGAAAAGUCUGAAUGUCCUAUGGAGGACACGGAAAAAGAUGUUGUCGAGUUGGAAAAGGAAAUGAAGGACACAGAGGAAACGGCUGGUGAAGACGAAGCUUUGGAAGACAGUGGGAUCAAAGACGAGAUCCAAAAAAACAGACCUGUCGCCGCUGUUUCCGACUCUUCGGCCCCACCAGAUGUCAAACCAGAAACAGCGAUGGACACAGACAUGAGGGAAAUAUCAGCUGUUGUAAGUGUAGUGGAGACGGAAGAAGAGAAAGAAUUAGUCAAUGCAUCUGAAGCAGGAAAUGACAAGACUCCGGCUGGUGAGGAGAAAAAACUGUUUAGCUGUGAUGACAAAGCAGCCUCCGGGAAGACCGUCAUGAAGUUAGUGCUACCUAAGGUUACUCAAGAAAUGGUUAACACACUGCUUGUGGAGUGCAGAACAAGAACUGCCAGCCAUCCCGACAACGUCGCAAAUUCCGCCUGUGGAUUAGGUGGGGAGACGUCAGAGGAGGGCGGAAAAGCUGCACCGGAAACAAAAGUGCCGGUUAAGAGCGGCACAGAAGAGGAGACGAAAAAGCAGGAGAAGGAGAGGAGAGAGAGGGAAGUGAGAAAGGAGAAGGAAGCGAGGGAGAGAGAGAGGAAGGAGAGGGAGAGGAGAGUCCGGGAGAGGGAGGACAGGGCAAAGAGGGAGAGAGAGUGGGAUGAAAGAGGCAGGAGAGAGAGGGAGGAGGAAAAGAGGGAGAGAGAGAGGAGGGAGAGGAAGAGGACACACGGUGAAGGUUUGUCCGCACCAAGGUCAUCUUGCAGGUCAGAGGGAAUCAAGCAAAGCUGCCACAGGGAUGAACGGUUCAACAACUCGGAGGCUGACAACAAAAUGGUGGUGGAGGAGGAGGAGGAAGAAGAGUUCCCAUUCAACAUGAGUGACUUUGUGACAGUAGAUGAAGUAGGAGAUGUCUCCGACCUCGCUCCUUCUCCUUCUCCAGUUAUUUCCAUGGAAACCACAGAGGGAGGGGAGGAUGCUCCCACAUCGGUCCAACAGAACGAUCCACAGGACACUCCCAUGGAGGUUGCCACAGAAACGGCGAUGACUGAUGCCACGGUGACCUUGGCUGAGGAGCAAGUAUCCGAGUGUGGACCUGCGAGCGCAGCAGCAGCAGCUGGGUCUUCUGACAGUUCAGCAUCAUCUGCCCCGACACCUGGGGAAGUUCUCGCCGCUGCAGUAUCCACCAGCUUACUGGCUUCACAAGCAGACUCCUCUCCAAGCCAAUCACCAGAGGCACCGGACUCUGAAGCGACACUAAUAGCUGCCCCGGAGUUUGAACACCUUCCCAUGCCCGCCCCUGCAGCUUCAGACAACCCACCUGAACCUGCCCCAGCAGAAAACCCCUCAAACAGCCCAGCAACAGGGCCGGUGCCUGCAGACAGUGAAGGAGAUAAGAAAGAAGACAGCCAGGCUGAAGAGGGGGCUGGAGUGUUGGACAAAUUGGAGGAGCGGGAGAAGAGGCAUGAUCAGGUGGACAAAAAUACAGGAGCUCCUGCUGCAGAGACCGCAAAGCAUCAGAGCUCUGAAGACCAAACACACACACAGGAGGAGUGUGUGAAGAUGAGACUGCAGACAAAAAACACAGAAUGCUCCCUCCCACCAUUUGACCCCAGCAGCCCAGUUGGUAUGGAGUUCUUGGUCCCAAAGACGGGUUUCUUCUGUAAAGUGUGUAAUCGAUUCUUCAGUGGAACAAAAGAGGCCGAACUCAGCCACUGCAAAACUGUCAAACACUACGAGAGCCUGCGGAAAUACCUGCAGAGUCCGAAGACGGUGAACGUGAUAACCAAACCCUGACCCUUGCUGAACGUGACUCUGAAAACCAGUGACUGAAUUAUGCCAUUCCCCUUCUUUUGUAUUGUCUUCAUUUCUUAUUUUAAGGGACAUAAUGUCAUGUUAGUGUUAGACUAGUUUCAUUUUCCAAUCAGCACAUUCAUUUUUCUUGUACAAUGAAGAGAAAUUAAUGGAACUGUACUGUGGCGAAUGGCAGCCAUUAUGCACAGUCAAUAAAAUGUGUACUCAGUUGUCCUUUAUAA